GAGCGGGAAAAGCUUAAAAGCGCGGCGCUGCGGGCGUGUGGGACUUUUCUUUACCGAAGUAAAUUCAGUGCUCUGUGUGCACCCGUGUCACGGAGUACGUCGGAAUAAGUCCUGAUAGACAAGCGGUGGGAUAAAGAGAAAAAAGCACGUGUUCGCUUUUUUUCGCGCAUUUAGAUUUCCUUUGCUGUGAUAUAGAAAGAUAAAACUUUUAGCGCGAGAGAAGUUGAAUACUUCCUUCCCUUUGCAGCAUUGUUUAGUUUGGGUUCGUCUCACUACCACUCCCCCAUCUCGAAGACGUUUGUCAAGAUCUUCUCCCCACGAACUAUUUUGGAACGCGGAUUGGAACCCAAAGAAUCCAAGCCAAGGUCGGUUUACUUGCCUAUUGUCGAGAGGGUUGCGCCUUUUGUUUUCGACGUCAUUUCUGCAAAGCAAAAGAGAGUCGUGUCUUUAUGGAAAAGGAUUUCUCGGUCCGAUGGUUCUAAAACUAGCCCUAGUUCCUAUGGAGCAAGAAUUCGAAUUAAAGCAAGACUUUGAGUUGAAUUCUCUAGAUGAGAAUCUGAAGCAAAGGAUGGAGAGUGUCCACCUUUCUUCUGAGAACAUAAACUGUUGCAGCUCAUCCGAACAAAGAAAUGGACAAGUGAAUAUGGAGCAACAUUUACAGCAGCAUCAAGGAGCAGGGGUUCUCCAGUAUCCAGGGGUAGAAAUGCAUUGCCCUGCCGUGGGUUCUCUGCCAGGUGGCGGUAGACGAGCUGUCGUACUGACUGGUAGCACGCCAGGAUUUGCGCCAGAUUAUCAUCAUCCCAGUUUUCCACCGUCUCCGCCUUCCGUAGCAGCCGUACCCGGCGAGAGUCCCGCGAUGCAGCCCGACGGCCGCACUAACCUGUUGGAGGAAAGCAUGCUGUGGCUACCAGCGCAACCACUUGAUCUCCGGAAUUCUGAUGACAUCGAGAGCUGGAUGCUUAGACGUGCGUAUGGUGACAUGUUGACCUCACCGCUUGGCAUUGAUGACCACCAGCAUGUCAUACAGCAACAACAACAUAUACAGCAGCCAAAGAUGAACUCUUGUAUGAAUGGUUAUGGAGGAAGCGUAGAAUCUGUUCCAGGUUCUUCGUCAUCAGGCUCAUUCUCAGCCAGCGAUGACUGUGAUUCUCUGACUGAUAUACCAUCGCCAUCUUUCAAUCAUGUUUCGAAUGGCGGUAACAGUUCUCCUGGAUCCAACGCAAGAUCCAUGAUGCGGUUGACUGAUCCUACUGCUGAAAUUGAUGGUGGACUGAAUGAUGAACAGCUUAUUGCUUUAUCGGUCCGUGACCUGAACAGAAAACUUCAUGGUUACCCACGCGAUGUCAUAACACGCAUCAAACAAAAGCGAAGGACUCUGAAAAACAGAGGUUAUGCCCAGAACUGUAGAACAAAAAGAAUUGCCUUAAAAUGUUUACUAGAGAAGAAUAAUCAGGCCCUCCAAAUGGAACGGGACCGAUUAUUAAGAGAAAGAGAAGCAGAAAGGCAGCAAAAAGAGAAAGCAAUACUUGACCGAGAUAAAGCUAUACAUGACCGAGAUAUAGCCAUUCAGGAAAGAGACUUUUACAAGCAACAGCUCAAGCAACAACUUUCCCUUGCUCGAUCCCGCGAAUUCUCACAACAGGGUUCUCUGUCCAGUACAAAUGCCAGCAGUCCAAGCUCUCCAGAAUUUUAUAUAUGACAUCAUAGUGGGGUGACAACAGAAGAAUGGCGAUGAUUUAUUGGUUCUGAAUCUUGACCAAUUGUUGGAAUCCCCUGAAAUGAAAGAAUGAAGGCCAGGACACCCAAGAGAAAGAUAUUCUCACUUCACUUUUAAAACUUUACUGAACGAUUUGUUACCUCUUUACAUUUGUGAACUUGCCGAAACAACGGUAAAGGUGACAGAAUUAAGUGCCGAAACAGUGGAGAGCUUGUGCGCUCCCAGAAUAAAACUGAAAUUUUUGAAUACAAAGACGCAAAUAACCACCGCACAGGAGAAGCAAACAGACAAAGGAGACUUUAUGCAUUAAAAGAAGGCAUUUCACUCUUUCGAACAGAUAUUGAUGCUUUACAGUGUACUCUACUUUUGUUUGUCUUAGAAAAAAAAAAUCUGCUUGCAAAUAUACUCUGAACUCUUGGAGAUUUCACAGAGCUCAUUGGCAAUGAAAAUAAAAACUGUGAUUGCCAUUUCUAUUUAGAAAAUAUCGACUGUAAAUAUUGCAGAACUUUACUUGGUAAAUGCUGUAAUUUCAGUUCAUGUGUGACUGAAUCCACUGAAAUGUAUCUGUAGAUGCAUUUGAAAAAUUUAAUGUUAAAAGGCAGAAAGCUUUCUAAUUGAAAAUAUAAAUUCAAAUAAUAUGUUCAAGAAACUGUUGUCGAACUAUUGACACUCUGAUUCAUUUUCAAAAAAUGUUUAUCUGGCGUAUUUGACGACAAAAAUGAUAAUGCAACAGUUAUGCCAAUUUUACCAAUCCUAUAUUUUUCACAUUUCUCUUCUUUAUAGUGUCUUUCUUUUAUUAUAACUUGGUUGUCAGAACUUAUUUUCAUUUUCAUUAGUUUGAAAAAAGCAGGAGAAAUUUAAAUAUUUCUGAAAUUAUAUAAAUAUUAUUAGUAGCUAUAAGUAAUUUUUUCCAAAAUAUUUUGCAAUAUGUAAUUCAAAUUGACGAAAAAAAAUUUAAUAUAUUCUGAAAAUUUUCACUUGAAAUUCUUCGUUAAAUUUCGUUUAAAUGAAAUUAAAUUAUUAUUCAUAAAUUAAAAAAAUUAUUCAUAAAUUCAAAACAUUUUUAGCUAACUAUUUAAUGUUUUUGAGUUAUCACUUCAUAAAAAAUGCUGAACAAUUAUAAUUCCUUAGUUGUAUUUAUUUUUUUCUCUUAAAUUAAUAAUGCGUUGUCAGACUUCCGUAAAUAUUAAAUUUGAAGUGAAUCCUACUCUUCAAUAAUCUAAAAAAAUGAAUAAGACGAGUAAUUUUAUGGUCUUUAUUAUUCCUAUUUUACAUACGAAUUUGAUAGAAAUUUCACGUAGUAGACAACUAUUUUGAGCAGAAAUAUGUUUCUGCUCUUUCGAGUAUUAAAUUUGCUACGUGUAAAAAAAAGGAAAAAAAGAAAAAGAAAUGUUAUUUUUCUAAUUGCUGUGAUACCCACCGUCUGGAGAAUGUGAAACGUCUAUGGAAUACUUUUUCAGAUAGUUUAAUAUUUCUGGUGAAUAGUUGAAUGCCUUUAUAAAUAAUUUUUAAAAAAACAUGGUAGAAUAAUUUAAAAAGAUCUAAUUCAGGGUAAAGAUAUUACUUUUCUUGUUAAAAAAAAUUGUUCAAUAGUAAGUAUCACAGGGUUUUUUUUGUGAACAGUUAAUAAUUUAAUAAAAUAUAUUAUACUUCCCACCUUUAUUAAAUAAGAUGCUGUUUAAGUUGGUAAAGGUAUUUGCCCUUUUCAGUUAUUCGAGAAAACUAUCCCACCUUUUAAAGGAAAACUAUACUUUCCUAUUGUAACUAAAAUAAAGGCGACACAUAUUUAUUUAUUAAAAGCCGUUUUAAUCUGGGAGAACUAAGUUAACUUAUAAUCCAAACCUUUAAUUAAAAUACUUAAAAAAAUCUCCUGCAAUAAAAAUUAAUAUCGUAUUCAAUAAUUUCAUUUCAAAACAUCGUUUUCACUUCUUUAUAGAUCUUUUAGAAAACUGAUGUAAUUUGCUUCUAAUAUUGAGGAAUAUUAUAAUUGUUUAUGUGAAGUGCUGUCUAACAAUCCCUUCAUAUAGAAGUUCAUUAAAGACGUAAAAAAACUUUUAUUUAGUACCAAUUUCAAGGAUGUUUACUAAUCUCGAGUGAUAUUAAAAAAAAUGUUUUUGGACUUAUUUCUGAUGUAAAUGUUUUGUGAAAUAUGGUUUGUGUUUUUAUGUUUUGUUAAGUUUAUAUUUUUGUGCAAUUUAAGUUAGCUCUAUUUUGGAGUCAAAUUAUUGGUUCAAAGUCCUAUUGUGUUGAGUUUUGAUAUUUUUUCGUCGGAAAAAAGUAUAUAUAUAAAUAAUUUUCUCAAAUGUUGUGAAACUAUUCAGAUUAUUUUCGAAUAAGUGAUAACUAAAAAAAAAAAAUCUUGUAAUAUGUUGUGUAAUUUAAUUAUUGGUCUUUUUAUUUCAUCCAUGUAUAUUAAUAUCAGAACUAUUUUUAAUCGGAUAAUAAAAAUAGCGUCAUUGAAAUAUUGAAUAAUUUUUACAUGUAUUUCUACGAGAUAUAGAAAAUUAAGUACGUUGUAAAUUUUUUUCAACGUUCUAAUUUUUCUAGUAAAGCGUUUUCAGGAUUUAAAUUAUUAAAUUGAUAGAAAAUUGAAUUUUGUGCUAAACUUGUGUGCAUUUAAGCUAGUAUGACAUCCUAAAUAACUUGCCUAACAGAAAAUAUCACUUUUAUGUUUCUCUCGUUUGAAUUGUUUUGUUGCAGGGAAUGCAAGUAAUUUGUUUCUACCACCGAUAACCUAGAGAUAAACUCUAGCUUAUUGUACCAAUUAUUUUAAAUUUUUGUUACUAUAUUGUCUUUUGUUUAGUUUCAUGUUACACGAAAUAAACUUUGUUAUUAUCCUUGGAA